AUGUGGUGGACGAACUAUUUAGUGACGUAUAUUCUUCUAUUUUUAUGUUUAUGUGAUCAAGUAAAUUCACUUGAUAAUGGUCUUCUUCGCCAACCACCUAUGGGUUGGUUAACAUGGCAAAGAUUUCGUUGUGUAACUGAUUGUCAAGCACACCCCGAUACCUGUAUCAGUGAAAAAUUAAUCCGUACCCAAGCCGAAUUACUUGUUCAAGGUGGAUAUUUAGAAGCUGGAUAUAAGUAUAUAAUAAUUGAUGAUUGUUGGUUAAAUCAUAGUCGUGCAGCUGAUGGGUCAUUGCAACCAGAUGAAACACGUUUUCCCAGUGGAAUUCGUGCAUUAGCUGAUUAUGUUCAUUCAUUAGGAUUGAAAUUUGGUAUCUACGAAGAUUAUGGUACGUAUACCUGUGGUGGUUAUCCUGGUGUUCUCGGACAUUUAGAACAAGAUGCAAAAACAUUUGCUAAUUGGACAGUUGAUUAUUUGAAAUUAGAUGGUUGUUAUGCUGAUCCAAAAGACUUUGAUGUUGGUUAUCCAGCGAUGGGAAAAGCAUUGAAUGAAACUGGGUAUCCAAUCGCAUAUUCAUGUUCAUGGCCAGCUUAUGAAGAAGGUACAGCAUUAGCACCAAAUUAUACAGCUAUUGAACAAGCAUGCAAUUUAUGGAGAAAUUGGGAUGAUAUUGAUGAUUCAUGGGAAAGUGUUUAUACAAUUAUACAAUGGUUUGGAAAUAAUUCACAACGUUUAUCACCAUUUCAUGGGCCUGGACAUUGGAAUGAUCCAGAUAUGCUUGUAAUUGGAAAUUUUGGUUUGAGUCCUGCUCAGUCACGUGCACAAAUGGCAAUUUGGUCAAUAAUGGCUGCACCAUUGAUUUUAUCGGUUGAUUUAAGAACA